AUGCCUCAAAUCGUGCCCGCUGAUGGCAUUUGGGGCCAGACUGGGCCGCCUUCCUUCCAUCAAGUGUUUGCCCACGUUUGGAGAUUUCCCAAGAAAGACUACGGUAUGGAUGGUAAGUCCGCGGUUCUAGGCGAUUGUCAGAAGAUAAUCGUCCUCUUCCCGCCGUCUUCGCACAAUCUUCGCUUGAUGCAGGCGGAAUGUAGGAAUCAGGCGAAAUUGGCACGUCUGAUGCCUCGACUUGAGUAUGGACUGAUUGACACGCUCAAUUCCUCCAACAUCGUCUUCAUACCGUCCGGCUGGGCCCACGCCACGUUCACCACUCGAGGUGGUUUCCUAAUGUCCAUCGAUUGCGCCACAAAGACGACCGUCUGGACAUUCUCGCAAUAUCUAAAGCAUCAUCUAUACCAUGAGCUUGAUGCCAAACAGCAGAACAAGUGUCUGUUUUUGUUCCUAGAUUGCCUGCAACAUACGAUCACUAGCUAUGAACUUGUGCUGGCUUCACGGUCAUGGUGUAACGUUGAGGAUCUGCUGAAAGGCAUCGUGGAUAACCUGUGGAGACGAACAGCGUCUCGAAUUUGGCACACAGCGGCCGAGGAGAAUCCGAAGGCCUUGUGGGAUGAUGGAAGAGGUAAUAAGGACAUGACAACUCGUCAAUUUGGGGAACAGUACCUGUCCUGGCUCGAUGCCGAAAUGAUCGGACUACGACGUGGGAGGCAAGCUCUCUUGUGA